UGCCCUCUUUGGCUGCCCUGCUGGAGCAUAAGGCUGUCCCUGACAGGCAGUAAGGGCAGCCUGGACCUUUAAGAGCAGCAGUUGCCAGUGCAGCCCUUGCUGGGAACUUUGGACAGCCCAGGGUGGAAAGCCUGAGCUGAGUGCCUGAGAGGCAAAAUGAACAUCCAGGAGUAUUUUGGAAGAAUAUCUUACAACAAGCCCCAUAAGGAUGCAGACUUGCAGACUCUGACAGCCAUCUUCCAGCAUCACAUCCAGGCCAUUCCUUUUGAGAACCUCAGCAUGCAUUGUGGCGAGGCUGUCGAACUGGAUUUGCAGUCUACUUACAACAAGAUUGUGAGAAAGAAACGUGGUGGAUGGUGCCUGGAAAUCAACCACCUCCUCUUUUGGGCCUUGCAAGAAUUAGGCUAUGAAGUCUGUAUUCUUGGUGCAAACAGCUAUGACCCAGCAGAGAAGGGAUACACUGCUGAGAUGAACCACAUCCUGCUGAAGGUGGAGAUCCAGGGAGAUUCCUACAUAGUAGAUGCUGGCUUUGGUGGUGCCUACCAGAUGUGGCAGCCACUGAUGCUGAUUUCUGGGAAGGACCAACCCCAGGUCCCUGGCAUUUUCCACCUCAUGGAAGACAAUGGCACCUGGUACUUGGAGAAAGUCAAAAGGAAGCAUUAUAUUCCUGAGAACAGCAAUAAUGACAUCCCUCAUACUCCAGACCUGGGGAAUAUCCGAAAAAUAUAUAGAUUUACUCUCAAGCCACGGCAUAUAGAUGACUUCCAGGAGCUAAAUUCCUACCUCCAAGUGUCUCCAGACAACAUCCUCAGGAAGAAGUCAAUCUGCUCUCUCCAAACAACCAAUGGGCUCCUUGCCUUAGUUGGAUGGACCUUCACUGAGAUGAAGUACAAGUACACAGAGGACAUGGACCUGGUGAACAUCACAACCCUUACAGAUGAAGAGGUUGAGAAGACACUGAAAGAUAAAUUCAGUAUAGUACUGGAGAACAAACUUGUACCAGUAAAUGUUCGUGGCUUGCCACCUAAUUUAGUGGAUCAGAUCUAA